AAGAGACCAAGAUCCUAUAACUUGGCUUGAAGAUAUUGAUAAAGCCUUUGAAGCCAAUCUUAUAUCAUCACUUCAAAAGAUUUUUGUGAUUAUUCUAAUGCUCAAGGGUCUAGCUACAAUAUGGUAG